GGCGGCGACGAGGAAGAUGGCGGCGCCGGGCGGGUGGUUUCCCAGCCGGUCCUGAGGAGCCGCCGCCGGGGCCCACGGGCCGGCCCGGGGUCCGCACGCCGGCCCCGAACAACCGGCAGCCGCCAAGUGGAAUGCCAUGGCCAGCUCUUCGGACAGCGAAGAUGACAGUUUCAUGGCCGUGGACCAAGAAGAGACGGUGGCAGAAGGAACCAUGGAACAAGAUGAGGAAGCCCACACCGAAUUGGAGGUCGAGGAGGCCGUGUAUAACAGGUCCAUGUCGGAGCUGCCCGAAGAAGUGUUGGAGUAUAUCCUGUCCUUUCUGUCACCCUACCAGGAACACAAAACCGCAGCCCUUGUGUGCAAACAGUGGUAUCGGCUUAUUAAAGGCGUGGCCCAUCAGUGUUACCAUGGCUUUAUUAAGGCCGUCCAGGAAGGAAACAUACAGUGGGAGAGUCGCACCUACCCCUAUCCUGGAACCCCAAUCACCCAGCGGUUCUCACACAGUGCGUGUUACUAUGAUGCCAAUCAGUCCAUGUAUGUGUUUGGAGGCUGCACCCAGAGCAGCUGCAAUGCAGCCUUCAAUGACCUCUGGAGACUUGAUCUAAACAGCAAAGAAUGGAUCCGCCCUCUGGCUUCAGGUUCUUAUCCGUCGCCGAAAGCUGGGGCUACUCUGGUGGUGUACAAGGACCUGCUUGUGCUGUUUGGUGGCUGGACCCGUCCAAGUCCCUAUCCUCUCCACCAGCCAGAAAGGUUCUUUGAUGAAAUACACACCUACUCACCCUCCAAAAACUGGUGGAAUUGCAUCGUGACGACACAUGGUCCUCCGCCAAUGGCGGGCCACUCUUCCUGUGUGAUAGAAGACAAAAUGAUCGUCUUUGGUGGUUCCUUAGGAUCUAGGCAAAUGAGUAACGACGUCUGGGUCCUGGACCUCGAGCAGUGGGCCUGGUCUAAGCCAAACGUCUCCGGCCCCAGCCCUCAUCCAAGAGGUGGCCAGUCUCAGAUCGUCAUGGACAACCAGACCAUCCUAAUCCUUGGAGGCUGUGGAGGUCCAAAUGCACUCUUCAAGGAUGCCUGGUUACUGCACAUGCACUCUAGCCCGUGGACCUGGCAGCCCCUGAAAGUGGAGAACGAAGAUCACGGGGCGCCCGAACUCUGGUGUCACCCAGCCUGCAGGGUGGGCCAGUGUGUGGUGGUCUUCAGCCAGGCUCCCAGCGGGAGAGCACCUCUCAGCCCCAGUUUGAACUCUCGCCCGUCUCCCAUCAGUGCCACCCCACCAGCCCUGGUGCCCGAGCCCCGGGAGUACCGCUCUCAGUCCCCCGUAAGGAACGCGGACGAAGUGCCCUGUGUCAACGGGCGCUGGGGGACCUUGAGGCCCAGGGCCCAGAGGCAGACGCCCUCGGGCUCCCGGGAAGGGAGCCUCUCCCCGGCCAGAGGGGACAGCUCACCCGUCCUGAACGGAGGGAGUCUGUCCCCCGGAGGAGCUGCGGUGGGCGGGGCCUCCCUAGACAGCCCAGUUCAGGCGGUUUCUCCCAGUACCCCAUCCGCCGCAGAAGGGUAUGACGUGAAAAUCGGACUUUCUCUGGCCCCCCGGCGAGGAUCCCUUCCGGAUCAGAAAGAUCUGCGAUUAGGCUCGAUGGAUUUGAACUGGGAUCUGAAACCCUCUUCCAGCAGUAGUCAGAUGGACUGCACGGACCACCGGACAGUCGGGGGAAGCCUGAGGAACCCCCCAGAACAGACGAACGGAAUCCACACCCCGCCUCACGUGGCCAGCGCGCUGACGGGCGCCGUGUCCCCCGGGGCUCUGCGGAGGAGCCUGGAAGCCGUCAAAGCCCUCUCUUCUAAAGGUCCGUCUACUUCUGCAGCGCUAAGCCCUCCUCUGGUGUCUUCCCCAAGUUCCCCUGGGAGUCAGAGCCUGAGCGGCCCGGAAACCGUGCCCAUCCCCCGCCCGGGCCCGGCCCAGGGGGACGGGCACGCCUUGCCGCCGAUCGCCCGGCGCCUGGGCCACCACCCGCCCCAGUCUCUGAACGUCGGCAAGCCCCUGUACCAGAGCAUGAACUGUAAGCCUAUGCAGAUGUACGUGUUGGACAUUAAAGACACCAAGGAGAAAGGGCGGGUCAAGUGGAAGGUGUUCAAUAGCAGUUCUGUGGUCGGGCCACCCGAAACCAGCCUGCACACGGUGGUACAGGGAAGGGGCGAACUCAUUAUAUUCGGGGGCCUCAUGGACAAGAAGCAGAACGUGAAGUACUAUCCCAAAACAAAUGCCUUGUACUUUGUGCGAGCGAAAAGAUAAUAUGGCAAAAACCGCGUUCCAAACCCCUCCCCUUUCUGUGGCUUUUUCUUUUGAAUUUUACACAGUCAUGCAGGCAUUUCAAACUGUGAAUUGCGGGGGGCGGAGGGGGAUAAAUAAAAGUAAAAUCCAAACAGACUCUACAAAACCAAAUCUCCAAUUCCCAAUCUAACCCUCACUCCAGGGGCGGGGGUCAGAAGUCUCCAUUAAAAAGUUAUAUUAAAAAAUAUAUAUAUGUAUAUAUAUAUUAUAUAGCCAAUUCUGUUUACAAAGGGGGAGAGAUCUCCGUGCUGGUUCCGAUAAAAUUGUUGCUGUGUUUUAGCAGAGGCCUUGCUGCCUUUUUCUACUUUGCUUGUAACUAGACCCAGAAGUUAGGGAACAUACCAACUAACACCAAAUACCUUCUUCAAAGAACCAAGCGUCCGAUACAGACUUUUGUCUACUGCCCUCCCCGCGGUUAUGAGAUGGGGAGCCAGGUAAGGAAGAAUGCGCAGAGGGAGAGCUAGAGACUUCAAGCUUGAAUGCUCUGAAAUAGCAAUGCAGAUUCAACGCAACUGCCUGUGGAAAAAUAGCAGUGUUUUUCUUUCCCCCGCUCCACCCCUUCUGGUGAUGCAGAAGGGACUGAAAAGCAACCUACACUAGGAGGGAGACAAAAUACCUUUGGUUUCCUCAAGCCUGGGCUUCAUUCAGCCCUCUUUGGUCUCUCCCGACCGUGCCUGUCUCACUGGGAGAAGUGUAGGGAAGCAAGAUGGGGCUGUUCCUCAUUGAAAUGCCAGAAUCGUCAGGAAAUCCACAUCUCUACAACCAGCAUGUAGCCUAGUCAGUUAGACUGCCCUCGAUAUUGGAAUUCUCUGACAAUCACAUUUGGUUGUAACUUGCCAAAACCCCAAUCCACUCAUUGUCUCUCCGAUAAAGUCUUCCCUCGGUGGUGCCUGCUUUUCCAAUUUCUAUGCAAAUGUGGAUUCCGUUUUUCAUACCCUUUAAAUCAGUUCUUCUGGGUUGAGUUUGAGAGGAAAAAGAGGUAUCUGCCAGGAACGUGUCCGGUUGGGUAGUAGGGGAGGGGCUUUAGCCUAUGCCGGUAUUCUUGGGGUGCCAGAGGUGAAUUUUUAGAUGCCAACCCUGUAUAUUUUCACGAUACAUACUUGUAGCUACUCAGAAAUGCCUCCCUCUUUCUCAAUUCCAUUUUCUUCCCAAGCAUGUUGGACCUAUUAUCCACGUUUGCAAACGAAAAAGGUCACUGGCUGGGGCUUCUGCCCACGAUUAGCAAAGUGUCAUUUUCCCCAAGAACUUUUUUCUUAAUCAAUUUUCCCAAAAUCCACGUUUCCGACCUCAUAGGUCAGGUGUCAGUGAUUUGACUUAAGUCAGCCAGAAAAAGGGUGUGUUUCGGAAAGCAGUGAAGUACGUUCUAGAUCUACUUCCUUUCCUCUGGCUCUGUGGAGAGCUCCAUUGUCACAAGAAGAUCAGAGCUAGAAAAGUUGGGUGAUCUGGGAAAUGAGAGUCAACCAGGCCCUAGAGUCAUAACACGUAAGGGAAAGGCGGAAGUAGACGUGAUUCCAGUCGGAUACUAGAUGUUGGGCAUAAAUGUGAUUCUCGGUGAUUUUUGAGCAGGAUAUGAGAAAAAUCCUUAUAAAUUCCAGUUCUGCCUUUAGAACUCUCCAUCCCUCUCUCAGCCUUGUGGGAAUUUCCUGGACCCCAGAGAUCAGGGAGACUCAGCUUCAACUGGGUCCGGAGCCCCGAAUUUCUCCAGUAUUGCAGUUUAUUUGAACUGCGGGGUGUUAGGUCAGUCCUGGUGGAAAUUCUCUCCUGUUUCCAAGCCCAGCAAAGUGCCAGCUCCCAGGAGAGGAGGUGAGUGUGGGUCUGAGGAAGUGAACCACAUUCCAUCUUCUUAAAUGAGCGAGCUACCCACGUGCCUACUUACUCUGCUCUCCGACUAAGCCAAGCUCAGUGUUGGUCCCUGGGCUCUCUUCUCUGGGACCGUUUCCAUCCCUUUCUUGGCUAGGACUGUUAGACCGGGCGGGGGUCAUCUUUUGCCAGGUUGUGGUGGUCUGAAAGAAGAGCACUGAUUUAGUCACUCUUGCCAGAACCUUGGAGCUGAAAUGGGGUUCGGGAACCGAAACGGUCUCCAAAGCCCACUUCCCAUUUCAGAACAAUGACUGGAAGAUGAAGUAAGUAGUUGGGAGACUGAAGUGGGUAAAGAUCUCCUUAGUAGUAGCCAAAAUCACAACUCUAGCCCAGCCCUCCACCGCCCCCAUCUCCCAACCUGGCUCUUAAUGCUGCAUCCCCAUUCUGGGAGCGGCAAGCGAAGGAGGUGUUCUUUCAGAAAAGAGCGUGGCUCCCUACUGGAAAUCUGCUGCUACACUCUCACUCCCAGGCCCGUCCUGAGCUGGGUUACAGCUCUCCAAGAAAAAUCUUCCUCGCCUCCACUCAUUUGGUGUUGAAGAUUCGGGUGUUGGGUUGGAGUGGGGACCUGCCAACUUAGCUUGCACCUGGGGGCCCCUGAACACCAGAAUUGUGUUAGAAGGGGACGAGGGGGUCUGUGUGAAUCUUGAGGGAUUCCGAGCCCGGUAUGGUGGAUGAGCCCGGGUAGAUCCCCAAUCUAACCACGGUGGUGGGCCUUUUCCAGCCUUACCCCUAAGCCACAUGUGGCAUGGGACUUGAAACGGGCAUGAGGCCAGCAUCUCCGAGCUGCGUCGGAGAGAGAGUUGAUUAAAUGCGAUUUAACAGGCACGCUAUUCCAACACGAUCGACACCGCUCUUGUCUUAAAUCUGCUGAGAAAACAAAACAAAACUUUGUUCUCUAAACCUCAGGAGCACCGGGAAAAAGAAAGAAAGGAAGAUCUAUUUAUCAGUAUUUAACUAUUUAAAAUGAUUUUGUUUCUACUUGAAGCUUUAACCCCUUCCAGUCCUACCGAGUGCCUUCCAGGUUUGCAGCAUUGCAUGGACAUAACGGCUCACUCCAUGGAAUUUGUAGUAGGAGUUUCCAAAUGUUCCCCACCUUCCGUGAAAAGCGCGCCAGUUCUCCUGUCCACUGUGGUCCGUGGCACGGGGGUUUAUGUGUUUUGAUUCCACGUCUUCCGUAGACACAGAGAUGGUAGUUGUGUUUUGCCUUUGUUUUGUGGGAGCACGCGCUAGAGUUCUAGAAACAGGUUUGUUUUUUUUAAGGCACAGCUGGGCAAACCACUCUCUCAGCCUUCAAAUGCUGGCAAUUUACAACAAAAACUGAAAAUCAGAAGUAGGCUAAGAAGAGCUGGGAUCUGGUUUCAGCUUAACAUUGAGGAUAAAUAGCUCAAAGUUCAGGCCUCUAGUCAAUGAAGAAUGAAAGGACCUUACCUUCCUCUCUCUCUGUCUCCCCCUCUCUGUUUCUCUCUUUCUCCCUCCCUUUCCCCCUUCUCUCUCCUCCCUUCCUCUCUCUCUCCCUCUUCCCUUCCUCCCACCCCAUUCCAUCUCUCCGGAUUCUUCUCUGCUUUGCCUCUCUCCUUCCCCCCAUCCGAAGUGACAUUCCAGGUCGGUUUGCCCCUCUGUCUUGGUCCUUACGGUGAUCCUGGCAUGGUGAUGUUCAUUGCUUUUGCUUCAUUUGUGGUCCCUUACCAGCUUAUAAGUCAGCGUGAAGGAUCAGAAGUGAGAGAGAAAGUGAGAGAAAAAGUGACCUCUCCCCUCUCCCGUUCCCCUGCUCGCGUGUUGCAGAAGGCAUGUUCUGCCCGGUUCCUACUCAAUGGCUCCCUUAGUGGUUCAUUGUUGAAUGAGAGAGAAAACCGUUGUUGUUGACUUCCUCUCCGCUCACCACCGACCAACGGGAGUCCAGGUCAACACCCAGUGUGCUCCGAUGUAACUGGUGCUGUGAGUGAGGUUUCCCGUAUGACUCAGGUGUACCGCCAUGACGACUUACCCUGUUAAUAGGCAUUUUAGGCACAUACAAGUGUAGGAAUGAAAAGUGGAUUUCAUUGAUAUUUAAAUCUGUGUAAAUUUCAUUUUUGUUAAUGUUCCCUCCCCUCCCCCAAUGACUUUUUAGCAAUUUAACAAAUAAAAAAGUAUGGAAACGGU